CUCCGCUCUGGCCCCCCGCAAGGAAAGCGCCGGAACCGCUUCGCGCCGCAAGAUCCUUCGGGCGGCGGGUCCUGCCUUCCUCCCGGCCGCCGAAGCGCCCGCCUCGCGGGGCCUCUUGCAAGGCCGCUGAGCUAACUCCUCACCGGGCUCCGUCACAAAAGCCUUCUUUGCCCAGCGGGAGAAGGCGCCUGUUGUGCGUACGUAAACCCUGCGGCCAAGGAGCCGGAAGGAGCUGGCGCUGCCUGCUUUUUAAGAAAACCUGGAAGGGGAAGAGGGAGGGUUUUUUUUUUUCCUGCCGAGGUCCAGCCUCUCCUUUUCUCGACGCCUCGGGACCGUCGAGGUUUCUGUUUGCGGCUCCUUUCCUGGCAUGAAGCCCCGCUGGCUCCAGUAGGACCUCUUUCAAAUAUUCCGGGCACAAAACUGCGCCCAAAGGAGCGGCUUCCUGAAAGGUAGCCAUGACCCCCUGUGCAAAGGCGUUACCCCCGCUGCAUAGACGAGGUCGCUCGGAGGUUCCCCCUCAGCGUUGGAGAAAACUUUUCGCUACUCUCCUUCACGGCUCAUUGGGCGAAGGGCAAUUCUCCGGGUCGAAUUUCCCCUGGUUUUUUUAACCCCCCACAUGGUUCAAACCACCCUCUUUCCUGCUGGGGAGAGUCGAGCUCUCCACCCACCCCCAUCCGAAACGGAAACUCGGAUCACCUUCUGGAGAAAGUGGAAAAUGCCCCCGGUCGCUUCGCUUCCUUCGUUUCUCUUCGGGCUCUGCGUUCGCGUUUCCCUUGGGGAAAACUGCCGCCGUUUGUUUCCGUGAAUAUAUUAACAGGCUCGCGCAGGCAACUAAGCCCACGGCCAUGAAAGCGUGAAUAAAUAUCUUAUGCUUUGAUCGAGCUGUACCUGGUUCAGGUCAGGCGACUCUAAUUUCCUAGGGUCGCUUCCUCGCCUUGCUUGCUUUCCCCCCUCUGGCUGAUUUAGGCUUCUGUUUCAAAGAAAGAAAGAAAGAGGAAAAGAGAGGCUGAACUCUGGAGGAGGAGCCAGGGUUGGAAGGGGUUUACAACCCCCCUCCCUUCCCAUAGGGGAGCAGGCUGAAAACCGCUGUUAGGUAUGUGGUUCCUAGGUCAGCGGCGCGUUGGAUCAAACUAGGAAGGAGCUCCUGGGGGCAGUUUCGAGAGACCAUGGAGAAUGUGGACUUCAGAGGCGGACAGGAAAGGGGUCCUGAUAAAGAUCCGAGAUUGAAUCCAGGGUUUAUGGAUCAGGCACACCCCCACCAGCUGGCGAUAGGAGACCAGAGAGGAGCUGAUCUGUACAAGCUGGUGGAAGUACAAUUAAGUGGCGGAGCUCCCUGGGGAUUCACGUUAAAAGGAGGAAGAGAACAUGGAGAACCUCUCAUCAUCACUAAGAUUGAAGAAGGUAGCAAAGCUGCAGCUGUUGAUAAAUUACUGGCUGGAGAUGAGAUUGUCAGCAUCAAUGACAUUAACCUCUCUGGCUUCAGGCAAGAGGCAAUCUGCUUGGUGAAAGGCUCGCACAAGUUUCUGAAGCUUGUGGUAAAAAGAAAAAACGAUCUAGCCUGCAGGCCCCAUUCCUGGCAUGCAACCAAAUUCACUGAGAAUCAGCCUGAAACAGCCUCGUCACGACUCUCCUCGACCAAUGUCUGUGCUUCAUGGCCCUCUCAGUAUCAUUCCAGUUCCUUUGAUCUUUCAAAUUCAUGGGAUCAGUCAAAUCUACAUCGUACCUCAGGCCAGUUCAGCUCUGCUGGAAGCAUGGAUGUCUGGGAUCACACACCCCAAACAUAUCAGUACGGACAGAUUUCCUCUGCGAAGUCCAAUAGCAGCAUUGAUCAUCUGGGGAAUCCCAGCAAAAGGGAUUCUGCAUAUGGUUCUUUUUCUACUAGUUCCAGUACACCAGACCACACAUUGUCAAAUGUAGAUGCUGCGUCAACUGAGAAUGUGAUGUGUAAAGUGGGUCACUGGGAAAUUCCAAAACAAGGGAAUAGCAAGACUGCUUCAUUGCUGAGUGAUAAUGCAAGAUUUGAAGAAAAAAUCAACUCCUUUCCAAGUCCACCACAAUAUGAAAACAACCUAAAUCCACGACUGGAAGACCAAUCUGAUUCAAUCUAUUCUGGGGCUGGAAGAUCUAAUUUUGUACCUGUAUGGUAUGUCCCCGAGGGAAAAAAGUCUCCUUCCCCUCCACCUCCACUACCCCCUCUCCGUAGUGAUAGCUUUGCUGCUACCAAAGGUCACGACAGAGAUCAUGCACCUCUUCUGUAUUCAGAGGGCAUUCAUAGCUCCCAACAUUCUGAAGUCCUGCAUAGAACACCAGUCAGAAAUGACUGGAGCGCUGAAACUGCUGAACAGCAAAAGCGAGUGACCAGGGCAACUGAGAAGGCCUCAGAGAGGAGGCGGGGUAGCAGCCCAAUACAAAGGCCUGAUUUUAUUCCAGAUUAUGGUUUAUCUUCUCCAGGUGACAGGAUAAACAAUAAUAUGGGAAAUGCUAACAGGCUGCAUUCUUCUCUGUCUAGUACUGAUGUUCGAUUGGCACAGUCUGCUUAUGAGUCUCAGCAUCAUCAACAUCAGCGUCAGUAUAGUGAUGAAAAUACUUUCUUUCGCAUUGCAAAAGCCUCUGCAUCAUCCAAAGAGCAACAAAGGCUCUCUUCUUAUAAUGACAUUAGGGAAAGGCCUCCUGACAAGCAUAACUGUCACCUAAACCAAACCAGGAUACUUAGUAAUACCACCACUGCAGUUUCUGACAUGUUUUCUGAAGAAAACUCUGGACUAAAUCGUUAUUACUGUGUGAAGGUAAAGCAGCAACCUGCUCAGGGGACCUCAAAACCAUUACAGCUCAAAGAUGAAUGUAGGAAUUCUGGAACAGGAGAUCUUGCUGCUUCUGGAUCAAGUGAAGAUCCUGCCAUAACCAUAAUGAGCCAAAAUCUUAAAUAUUCUCUACCUCAGCAAUUUAUCGAGACUUCUCUGGAUAUGUGUGAAAAGAGAGCUCAUUGUGUAGCUAAUAAAGGAGAGGAUAUUAAAGUUGUUGUAAUGGAAGAUUCCAGGAAGCUAAGUUACUCUGGAAAAUCAGAACAGAACAAGACAUUUGAAGAAAAUCUCAGUGGUCAUCAUGAGUACAAAUACGGGCAGGAGCAUUUCCAGGAAUCUGAUACUAAAAUAGCCCAAAAAGAUUUCAAAUGGAAUCAGGAGAAGAAUUAUCACAUUUCUCCUCAAAAGACCCCAAUGUUGCAUUCUUUAGCUCAGGAAGAGAAAAAACAGAUGAACGUUGCUGCCGAAAUUGGGAUUAAUAAACAGGCAGGAUUUGAUGUUCACCUAAGCAAAAAUGCACGAAGGAGUGAUCGUUUUGCUACCACACUGAGAAAUGAAAUCCAAAUGAAGAGAGCAAAGCUUCAAAAAAGCAAAAGCACAGCUGCCUUAGUAGAGCCAACUGAGGAAGAAGACUGUACUGAGAACUGGAAGCCUGAUCCUCAAGAAAAGAUAGCCUCUUCAUCGGAAAGUUGUUAUUCUCACAUGUACAAGGAUAAUCUGAAAGAGGCCCAAGCUAGAGUCUUGAAGGCCACUUCUUUUCAGCGCCGAGACUUGGAACCCAAUUCUGCAGAUUAUCUUCCAGACCGAAAGGCAAAUAUAUAUAAUACUUCUCCAUCAGCAUUUGUUUCUGAAGAUGAAUUAGGCUUCCUUGAACUUAGGCAGUCUUCUAAACAGAUAUCACUGGGUAAUGGUGCUCACCAUCUUUCACGUAUUGGUGCUAGGAAGAGAUUCACUGCAGAACAAAAACUAAAGUCUUAUUCUGAGCCUGAGAAAAUAAAUGAAGUGGGUAUGUCAGAUGAUAACUGCCACACACACCAUCGUCCAACCACUUCUGAGGAAACUUUGGAAACUUUUGCAGAUAAACGGAAGUUUUUUGAAGAAACUAGUAAGCCAGUCUGUCAAAAAUCUUCACAGAGAGGUGCACCGUACUUUCGUCCAGAAGCAGAGCCUGCUGCUCCUCGUAGAAACUCUAAUGAAAUUGAAUCUGGAGGAUCAUGGUACAAAAAGAGAAUGCGGUCAGCUUCUUUGGGAGUUGAAAAUGUGCUUUGUGCUUCUGAUAGACUCAGUGAAAGUGUCCAUUACAGUGACCACAUCACAAAAUCCAGACAACCUCAGAGAUUAGAAACAUUUGCAGAAUACCAGGCUUCUUGGAAAGAACAGAAGAAACCUACAGAAAGCCGUAGUUCUGGAAAGUACCAUUCAGCUGAUAACAUCCUUGAUGCAGGCCUUGAACAACUUGAGAAAUCUCAGUAUAAACAUGAACGGUCCAGAUCAUCUCCUUCUACUGAUUUUUACAAGCAGGGAGCAUCAACAGAAGCAAAGAGACAAACUGAAAAAUCUAGGAAAGAUGAAGAGCUUAUUUCCUCUGUUGCAAAAUCAGAUGAAAGCAGCUACAAUUUGAGCUGCUUUCCUAAACUUACAGUAUCUAUCCAGCCUCCUCUAAUCAAAGAGCAAAGCUGUCUUCUUUCUGAGACUCAGAGAUCAUCUGAUAAAGGAUACCCAGAAGACUGCAAGAAAGAACUAACAGUUCAGGAGGACUACAGCUCAGGAAACCAGUGGAAAGUAUCUGCAUGGCCUUCCCAUGCCGGACAGACCACAGUUACAUCACAGCGGAGCCAAGGUAGAUCUGGGACAUUGCCCAGCGAUUACAGAUAUUCACAGGAAAAUCUAAAUGAGAAAAGCAAAGAUUAUGCUGCACUGCCUCUUAUGAUUUCUGGACUACAAAUAUCAGAUAAAAAUCAGUUCUGUUUAACACAUAUCAAAGCAGAGGAAAAUCUACAGGGGAAUGCUGUACUGUUGAAUAAGAAACAUGGCUCUGUGCCUCAGAGGCCUCCCCCACCCAAACGAGAUAAGAAACACAGGCGACAGGAUAGUUACUCAACUUCACUUGCUACUUCUUCAGAAUCUUUACUGACAGUGCCCAACAGACCAGCUCAAGCCUCCCCUGCUGCCGCCAAUAUAGUUGCAGACAGCUCAUCACCUUCUCAGGUUCCUGCAAAGAUUUCUGGAAAAUUUGUAAGUGCAGAGCUGGCAUCCACAGAGAAUUUUUGUCAGCAUUUAGAAGAAAAAAGACAUCUCAAAUCUGAACCUCCCCUUCCUUCAGCCUAUCAUUACCUUCUAAAAUCUAGAAUGGAAGCCUCAAGAUCCCCUUCACCACAGUUUGCUCCACCAAAGCUGACUGAUAAGCCACCUGUGGCUGUUCAGGAUGAAAAUUCCACAAGAAUUGAAAGAGUGAUGGAUAACAAUACAACAGUAAAAAUGGUUCCAAUCAAGAUUGUACAUUCUGAGAGCCAUUCAGAGAAGGCAAGUAGACAGAAUCUUGUGACCACAAUAGAGACUCCUACUUUACCAAGCGGCUUAGAGAAAGACCAGAUUAAGACACUUAGCACUUCUGAACAGUCCUAUUCACGUUUCUGUGCUUACACAAGACAAAGUGUGGAAAUAGAGCCUGAGAACCAAUCAAGCCUGUCUUCUUUGCAACCUACUGAAACAUUUGGGAGGACCAUAAAGGAGAAUGACAUGUCCACCCAUACAGUUAACUAUGUGAGAGCCAAAGAAAAGACAGUUGAAGACUGGAAAUCAGAAGAAUUAGCUAGAGAAAUAGUAGGCAAGGAUAAAUCAUUAGCAGACAUCUUGGACCCAAAUGUGAAAAUAAAAACCACUAUGGAUCUAAUGGAGGGAAUCUUUCCCAAAGAUGAACAUCUCUUGGAAGAAGCUCAACAUCGUAGAAAGUUUCUUUUAAAAGUUUCAUCACCCAAAACUGAAGAGGAGAAGAAAGAGGAGCUGUCUCUGUCUUUGGCCAUCCCCUUAACAAGUAAUUCCACUUACUAUAGCACCUCUGCACCCAAGGCAGAACUUCUGAUCAAGAUGAAGGAUAUGCAGCAGCAGCAGCAGCAGCAAAGUGAGGAGGAUUCUGAGAAUGAGUUAGACCACAAUUUGUCUGAGAAGAAGCAACAGCUUAUAGAUAGCAUUAGUCGAAAACUAAAAGUGCUAAAAGAAGCUCGAGAAUCACUCUUGGAAGACAUUCAAGCCAAUAAUCUGCUUGGAGAUGAAGUAGAGGUAGUUGUAAAGGAGGUCUGCAAACCCAAUGAAUUUGACAAGUUUCGAAUGUUUAUUGGAGAUCUAGACAAAGUGGUUAACCUCCUGCUAUCGCUCUCUGGUCGCCUAGCCAGGGUAGAAAAUGCAUUAAACAACUUGGAUGAAAAUGCUUCUUCUGAAGAAAGGCGGAUUCUGGUAGAAAAACAGAAGUUACUUACACAACAGCAUGAAGAUGCAAAGGAGCUGAAAGAAAACCUGGAUCGAAGGGAACGCAUUGUCUUUGAUAUUCUGGCCAACUAUCUAAGUGAUGAAAGCCUUGCAGAUUAUGAGCACUUUGUCAAAAUGAAGUCAGCCCUCAUAAUAGAACAGCGAGAGCUGGAGGACAAAAUCAAACUUGGGGAAGAGCAACUCAAGUGUCUGACUGAUAGUCUCCAGCCUGAAAGACCCAAAUGAUGAUUCCUUCAAGUUUGACUUGGACGUCAUAUAUAUAUAUAUUUAUGUAUAUCCUCUGAUGAAUAUUAGAAGCAGUUAAACAAAACAAGUCUUAAUGGCAAUAAUCAUGGGGCUUUGUUUUAUUUAGUUAAUUUGCAAACCUUGAAACCUUACAGGUUUUUUUUAAAGAUAUAAAAGAGAACAAUAUACACAUAUGAACUCUGUUCCCAGAUUCCCCAAAAGGGAACAGUGAAAACUCUUAAUUUUAGAGACUUUGGGAAAAAAUAGUUAUAUUAAACAGACAAAAUAACUUCUCCAGCAGUAUAUUUAGACUGGUGAGAUAUAUUGACAAUAUUGUGCAUUUAGAUACUUUUUUUAAAAAGUAUUGCAUAAAAUUUGCCUUUUCAAACAUUAUUUCAAAACAGUUUGCCCAAGUAAGACUUUUAAUUAUAUCCAAUUAAACUACUUCAAAACGCACCAGGAAAUUGUAUGUUUCUGUGGCUUUGUGAUUUUUAAUAGUUGAUUCUUUUAUCACUUCAGUAUUGAUGGCUGGAGUGGGGAUAAGAAAGAACAGUCCAGAGGCAAAAGUUUAAUUCAAAGCAAUUUUCUUAUGUGAAUGGAAAACUGAGGGAUUGAUUCUUAUAAGUCUAAGUCUGUAAUGCAAGGCAGAACUAGUACAACUUUUUAUUAGGUACUACUUGCCAGGAAUUUAGUGAGUCACAUAUUCAUAGAUUUUUCUAAAUAUUCGUCAUGUGUUUGUUUUCACCUCAUGUCCUGGCCUUUGAAAACCACUGCUUGUCCUGUGACUGCCCUGUAAGAAGCACAACUCCUUGUUUUACUUAAACUCACAGUUGAACACCUCUAUGGAUAUGUAUUGCCAUGUUUAUAUUAACAAAUAUGUAACCGUUUGAGCUUACUUUCCAAUCCAAUCACAAGCAGGGAGAUAUUAACACUGUGAUCUUAAAAAAUAUACUACAUUUAAAAAGCCCCAUUAAAACUUUUUACAUGAUAAGGUGUAACUCUUGGUGUACUAACCUACAUAUAAAUAAUGUUCCCUAAUAUUAAUAUAUGUUUGUAAUGAAUAAAGAGAAAUCUUAUGUCUUCUGCAUAGGGUAUUUUUAAGAUUUACUGAGAAAUAAUUUACUUAAUAACUAAAUCCUUGAGCCAUUCUGCAUAGUACCGUCUUUUAGAAGUUAAAUUAAUUUUAUCAUUACAAAAGAGGGUAACUUUCUUGUGAUUCAUUCCAUAAGAGUAGACAUAGUUUCAGCUGUUCUGAUUAUUCUAGCAAUAAAAUUGUUAGCUAUAGAAGGACUAGCCGUAAUCUAUUCCACAUAAUCAUGUUUUUCAUAAGAAGAUAUCAGGAAAUCCUAUGCAUGUCUACUCAGAAGCAAACAUCCUAGAAUUCAUGCUUCAACACACACACGUAUAGGAUUGCAACCAUACAUUCUUGCUUGGUUUCUUCCCAUAAAUAUCAGUGCUAAUUCAUACAUCUCUUGCCAUUUCUUUCAGUGGCCAUGUUGGUAUAAUUAUUUUAACAAUUUUCUCUACGAUUUACAUCUGGCAAAUUGUCAUUAUCAUGAGAUGCAUUCUCCAAACCAUAUUAGACAGAUGUUCCAUUUUGUCUCUGAUUUAAUCCUUACAUAUACACAAUAUAAAGCAACCAUUUUUAUUCCAAUCAAAUGUAAACUUUUUUCUUUAACUGUUUAAGGAGAUAAAAGUUUGGUGGUUCAAAUUGUAUAUGUGCACUCAGAAUAUAACUUCAGUAUGUACCCAGUAAUUUGCAUUAAAUCAUAUAAGUCAUAUGGACUUAGCAGUACAGAAAUUGAUGUAUAAUUAUAUUUUAUUUUGCAUAAUAAUAUAUUUAAUCAUCACUUUUGGUUAAGCUUGCCACUUUUUUUUUAUGUUUUCUUUUUUUGGCAGGCUCUUUGGAAAGGGCCAGUAAAGGGAUUCCCUCUUCUGUGUAUAUACUUUAUAAUAAUCUCUAUUGUUUGCUGUAUGUGAGAGAGAAUCUGGUGCUAAUGCCUUGCCUUUGGCAUCAUAUGUGAAGGAUUAUUUCUUCACCUUAUAGGUCAUUGCAAUAUUUAGACUUUUUGUACAGUAAAAAUAUAUUUUGAUUUUGUUUUCCUAUUGUCCAUUUCCCAUGUGUUACUCUGAUUCAAACAACAUAUUUCAAUUUUUAAAUUGUUGCUUAAUUAUUUACCUACUGACAAGGUCAUAUCGCUUUAUCAAGGAAAAUAAAAUAAAUAUUG